UUGCUCCACAGCUAUGCCUGCGUGUGGUGCUGAUGCGGGGACUCUCGCCGUGCACUCUCGCCGCUGUCCGCGUGCUCGUUCCCGCGUCCCUUGCGCGCGUCCCGGCCGCGUGCGUGGCGUGCUCCGGAUAGCAGGGAGCCGGGCGGCGUGUCGUGUCCGGGCCACACCGGUGAACCAAACGCAGUAGAUGGUGUCAUUGUAUGCAGCAGAGUCGCUGAUUUCGUAAGCGCCGGUGACAGCGGCCAAAACGAGAUCGUGAAGCGAGGGAGUAGUGUAGUUUUCGGCAUGGGAAGGAGGGCUUGCUGAAGGAUUUAGAGAGGACGCCGCAAAAAUAUUCAUAAAAUAAGAUUACAUUUCACCGUUUUAUUAACAGACGCCUUAAUUGCAACUGGUGGGUGUUUUCUGGAGGAAGAUCCGGAGAUCGGAGCACCCUAACCUGGAAAAUGCUGUUUUCGGGGGGCUUGGCUGCAUCCUCCGCUCCUUGACUGAUAAACCCACAUCAAUCAGUUCAGUUUCUAGUUACAAAUGAGUGGAGGAGCGAAGCGCUGGGCGGGUGGGUUCGCUAAAACGGGAGUCCUUGCACUGGAAUUAAGAGUCAUUUUCACGGCACUGAACGCCUCGAUCGGCGCUGAUUACGGGAGCGAUGCUUUGAUGCAAAUUUCACGGCACCCUAGGGGAAGUUUUUUCUCGGAUGGGCAGCGUUAAUGGAUUAGAGAGUUUUGUGCCCCCGGUAAAGCUACAUCCAGCGCGAUCUGGACGUUUUCCAGGAUGAUGUGCGAGGUGAUGCCCACCAUCAACGAGGGGGACGCCAUGAGCUCCCAGGGGGGCUCCCAGAACGGCUCGGACCCGGACGCCAAUUUUGAGCAGCUCAUGGUCAACAUGCUGGACGAGAGGGACAAGCUCUUGGAGUCGCUACGGGAGACCCAGGAGACCUUGAUCCAGUCGCAGGCGAAGCUCCAGGACGCCCAGCACGAAAGGGACAUCCUUCAGAGGCAGAUCAACUCGGCUCUACCGCAGGAGUUUGCCGCGCUGACCAAAGAGCUGAAUCUGUGCCGGGAGCAGCUGCUGGAGAAGGAGGAGGAGAUCUCGGAGCUGAAGGCGGAGCGGAACAACACGCGGCUGCUGCUGGAACAUCUGGAGUGCCUGGUCUCCCGGCAUGAGCGCUCCCUUAGGAUGACGGUGGUGAAGAGGCAGACCCCGCCCCCAUCGGGCGUGUCCAGCGAGGUGGAGGUGCUGAAGGCCCUCAAGUCACUGUUCGAGCACCACAAGGCGCUGGAUGAGAAGGUGCGUGAGAGACUGCGGGUGGCGCUAGAGAGGGUGACUACUCUGGAGGGGCAGCUGGCAGCCGCCACCCAGGAACUCGCGGCCGUCAGGCAGAGGAAGGACAAGAUGGAGGGAGACUCCCUGGACAGACUGGAGUCCAAACCCACCUGGAAGAGGCUGCCCAACGGCUCCAUCGAUGCCGACGAUGGGGCCGGCCGCGCACUGGAGCUGCAGGAGCUGCUGGACAAGGCCACGCGGGACCUGGCGCAGAGCGAGGAGCGUGCCAACGGCCUGACGGCCCGCGUAACCGAGCUGGAGGAUGAGCUGGCUGCCGCCCGCCGGGACCUGCUGCGCAGUGAGGAGCUCGGCACCAAGUACCAGCGUGACAUCCGUGAGGCGAUGGCACAGAAGGAGGACAUGGAGGAGAGGAUCACAACGCUGGAGAAGCGUUACCUGGCGGCACAGCGGGAGACCACCUCCAUCCACGACCUGAACGACAAGCUGGAGAACGAGCUUGCCACCAAGGAGUCCCUGCACCGGCAGAGCGAGGAGAAGGCACGUCACCUGCAGGAGCUGCUGGAGCUGGCUGAGCAGAGGCUGCAGCAGACCAUGAGGAAGGCGGAGACACUGCCAGAGGUGGAGGCCGAGCUGGCUCAGAGGGUGGCCGCUCUGUCCAAGGCCGAGGAACGUCACGGUAACAUCGAAGAGCGUCUGCGUCAGCUGGAGGCUCAGCUGGAGGAGAAGAACCAGGAAUUGCUGAGGGCCCGGCAGCGGGAGAAGAUGAAUGAGGAGCACAACAAGCGUCUGUCAGACACAGUGGAUCGCCUGCUGACCGAGUCCAACGAACGACUCCAGCUGCACCUGAAGGAGCGAAUGGCGGCGCUCGAUGAUAAGAACACACUUAUCCGUGACCUGGAGAACUCGCAGAAGCAGCUGGAGGACUUCCAGCACACAAAGGAGAGGCUCCUGGCAGAGAUCGAGAAGCUUCGGGCGGAGGUGGACCACCUGAAGAGGAGGAGCACCGCCUUUGGGGAUGGCCUGCACCCACGGUCCCGGGUUGGCAGUGCCACUGACCUGCACUUCUCCAUGCUGGAAUCCCCGGGGGACCACUAUGGGACGGCGGGGGUCAUCCGGCGGGCGCAGAAGGGGCGGCUAGCAGCACUGCGGGAUGAACCCACCAAGAUCCUGCCAAUGGUGGAGCAGGACUGGGAGCGGCCCAGCCUCCGGGCCGGCGUGGCACACCUCGUGGAGAGUGACCCCGAGCUGUCCGACCUGGACGAUGAGGACCGCGAGACCAUCUUCAGUUCUGGGGACCUGCUGUCCCCCAGCGGACACUCGGACGCCCAGACGCUGGCGCUGAUGCUGCAGGAGCAGCUGGACGCCAUCAAUGAGGAGAUCCGAAUGAUUCAGGUGGAGAAGGUGUCAGCUGAGCUGCGGGUGGAUGAGAUCGAGAGCCGCGUGACCAGCGGCAGUAUGGAUGGCCUGAACCUCAACUUCCGGCCUCACACCUCCAUCCCCACCUCCAUCACAGCCCUGUCCCUUGCUAGCUCCUCCCCUCCCGUUAGCGGGCGCUCCACACCCAAGCUGUCUGGCCGCUCCACCGCCCAUGAGCUGGGCAUCAUGACCCUGCCUAGUGAUUUAAGGAAACAUCGACGGAAAGUUCAGUCUCCAGUGUCGCGGGACGAGAUGCGGGAGGACAAGGCCACCAUCCGGUGCGAGACAUCGCCACCGGCAUCGCCCCGCAGCCUCCGUUUGGAGCAUGGCAUAUUUGCCCAGCUGACCGGCAGCCUGGAUGAUGGACGGGGGGGCAACAAGAAGAAGGGCAUCAAGUCAUCCAUUGGCCGCCUCUUUGGCAAGAAGGAGAAGGGACGCUUCCUGCAGCAGAUGGGGAGGGACGGUCAGCUGACCAUGACUGUGGCUCCAGACUUGGAGAUGGGCAUUGGGGACACCAUGACACUGAGCAAGCUGGGGACGCAGGCGGAACGGGACCGAAGAAUGAAGAAGAAGCACGAGCUGCUGGAGGAUGCCAGGCGGAAAGGGCAGCCUUUCGCCCACUGGGACGGCCCUACGGUGGUGUCCUGGCUGGAGCUGUGGGUGGGCAUGCCCGCCUGGUACGUGGCCGCCUGCCGCGCCAACGUGAAGAGCGGCGCCAUCAUGUCGGCGCUAUCCGACACUGAGAUCCAGCGGGAGAUCGGCAUCAGCAACCCACUGCACCGGCUCAAGCUGCGACUGGCCAUCCAGGAGAUGGUGUCCCUCACCAGCCCCUCGGCACCAUUAACCUCACGCACGUCCUCCGGAAACGUGUGGGUGACUCACGAAGAGAUGGAGACCAUGGCAACAUCCACCAAAGCGGAGAGUGAGGAGGGCAGCUGGGCACAGACCCUGGCAUACGGGGACAUGAACCACGAGUGGAUCGGCAACGAGUGGCUGCCCAGCCUGGGGCUGCCGCAGUACCGCAGCUACUUCAUGGAGUGCCUGGUGGAUGCCCGCAUGCUGGACCACCUCACCAAGAAGGACCUGCGUACCCAUGUUAAGAUGGUGGACAGCUUCCACCGGGCCAGUUUACAGUACGGCAUAAUGUGCUUGAAGCGACUGAAUUAUGAUAGAAAAGAUCUGGAGCGCAGGAGAGAGGAGUGCCAGCACGAAAUCAAAGACAUUGUGGUGUGGACCAACGACCGGGUGAUACACUGGGUACAGUCCAUCGGCCUGAAGGAGUACAGCAGCAAUUUGCUGGAGAGUGGCGUGCAUGGUGCCCUCAUCGCCCUGGACGAGAACUUUGACUACAGCAGCCUGGCCCUCAUCCUGCAGAUCCCCAUGCAGAACACUCAGGCCAGGCAAGUUCUGGAACGGGAGUUUAGCAACCUACUGGCGCUGGGAACCGACCGCAGGCUGGAUGAGAGUGAUGACAAGGCCUUCCGGAGGUCUCCGUCGUGGAGGAAGCGCUUUCGGCCGCGGGAGGGCCAGGGCUUGGGCACCAUGGCGGGCUCCAUUGAGACGCUGCCGGCUGGUUUUCGCCUCACCUCCAUGUCGGUGCCACUGUCAGCGCCCGGUGUGCCCAAGAGGCUGCAGCCCGAAGAGGGAAGAGGGUGUCUUUCCCCAGGCCACUUGCUGGGCUCAGGUUUGUCGGGGGCCGAGCAGGAAAGUGAAGUAGCCGCAUAUAAAGCCGGACCCCCCCCCCUCGCCGAGGUUAGAUCCCUCCGCUGUGCGGACUUACUCUUGUUAACUCCGUUCUGCAGGUGGCAGUGCAGUCCCACUACCUGUACGGCCAUAUGCUUGCUGCCUUUCGAGACUGAUGUGCCAAAUCCCAGCUGUCGUGGUUUCUUAGGAGGGGGGGGGGAGGUUUUUGGUAAGGGCUCGCGCUUGGCGACAGACACCGCCCGCCCCCCCCCCCUUUCCCGGCAACGCCAUUUCUAUGGAAUCUGUGCGAUGACGGAGCUCCAUGGACUUUGUGCACAACCUCCAUGAACAAAGAGAGACGACAGCCGCUCCAGUUCUAUCCAGUUUUCCCAGUUAGUGGCCGUGAUGUCGUUGCAAUGUUCCUCCUUUCUACGGAUGUACCUCACAUAGUCUGUCGGUUAGAGUAUGUUUCCUGGGUGUAUCUACGAUGUAUAGAGUAUAUACAGUACGACUUCCACUGGUUAUACAAGGCUAACAUAAUUUUGUGUGUGUGCAUAUAUAUAUAUAUAUAUAUAUAUAUAUAUAUAUAUAUAUAUAUAUAUAUAUAUAUAAAUGGAAUAUUUACGUUUUAUAGAGAUAUAUAUCUAUAUAAAUUAUACAUAUCAAAUUUUAAAAAUAUAACUAUUGUAUCUAAACAGAUGUUCUGUUAUAGCUGGUGGCUGUUUGCGUGUAUUGGAUCCCUGCUUUCCUGACUGGUGUCCAUUUGGUCUUUUUUAUGAAAUGCCCACAUGGGGGUUUUUCAGAGAUGUCACUUUACAGAGGAGUGUUAAGGUGCUAGAGCGGUGUCACAAUACUGCAGUGAUACUCGCCAAGUCGCUCGUAAAACCUCAAAGACCUGACUCCCACUCCGGUGUCUCUGUAUCCUUCCCUUUUCACGAACGGAACGGCCUGAUCGAUGUCGAACUGAGCGCUUGGAUUGAAGGACGGAUGUGGAUGUGGGAGUUUGCGAUCAAAGAACAGCAAUAUCCCUACUCAGCUGCUGCAUCUCCAAGUUGGGUUGUUGGGGAGCCUGGCCCGAUUGGGCACCUGAAGUCCGUGAGGUCGCUGGAUUGGAUGCCCAGCAUAGCCAAUCAGGCGGGAACACAUUUUGAUGGCCCAUCUCUCGUGCUUUGCUGGACUGCAACAACCAAUGAAAUCCCGCGUGUCUAUGAAGAGGUAAAGAAAUGUAUGUAUGUGACGUCACGGAAACCAACGCUGCAAGACUUAUUUUGAAGUGCUUUCUCACCUGUGACCACCUACAGACUGUGUUCCGCUUCUCCAUUCCUCAUCACAAAUUCCCUCACAGAGAUGAAGUAUGAAUCGUGUGUGUAUAUAUAGUUUUUCUUUACAAACUGUAAAAGAUGUUUUGACAGUUGUAAUGUGCUUUUUGUGGCAUCUGUAAGUACUGUAAGUGUCUUUUAUGCCAAGUGAAUCGGAGCUGAUAAAUGAAGUUGUUUUUUUUUGGUUAUUAAAAGUGUGCUGCGUUACUUAUAUGCCAAAUAACACCAAAUAGCUUUUCCAUUGAAAACAGUAUCUUCAUGUCGAUUCAGCUGUAAAACCCAGACCCGCCAGAAAGAAUAUUUGAUAUCACCUCCCAAUGCCUUUCCUGUGACAAAACCCAAUCCAUUGAAGAUUUUUUAUUUGCUAUUUGUAUGAGGACACAUACACUGGACUAUGUUAGUGUUCACAUAUCCUGCCAUAUAGAGGUGCGAGUGAAGCUUGGGGUCUGAGUGCAGGGUCAGUCGUCCAUUGGUCAUUCAUCCAGUGAUUCUGGGAUACUGUGGGGCAUACCUUAUCGUUAGCCAAUCAUAUGCUUUGAAGUGGGGAAUGACAGGGGAUGGGGGCACUCUGGGGGCCAAUCAGCAUUCAGCUAGGGCCAGUGCAUCCUGUGGCCCCGCCCCUGUGAGGUCUUUGGCUCAUGGGAAUCAGGAAGCCUGAUCUGGGGAUCUGCAGCUGAGGCACUGAUCUCCUGCUGUGGGCCAUGCUGCAUGUGCUGCAAAGGGGCACACUGCAGUGACACGUCGUAUUUCAUGCACGAUUGCUGGUCUUUCCCUGCAUAAAUUCAAACCCAUCACCAAGCAUGCAGCCUCCUGGUCAACAACAACAACUCAGUGCCUAAAUAUGCUGUCAAAAGGUAGCAUAAAACAGUGGUUGGUCCUCUCUUCAGCUCUUCUUUGUAAUGUUUAAUUGCUUAAUAUUACAUAUAUCUUUGUUAUUAUGAAUAAGUUGGAGCAUAAUGACCUACAGUAUAUUUAUGUGGUAUAUUUAUGAGUCACAAAGGGCUGCCGGUCUGAAAGGGCUGCCGGUCUCAAAGAUCUCGUUACAUUGCAUUACUUUCAUUUAGACGUCGAAAAUAAACUCCUGUAUAUACAUUUA